AUGGAACCCAAGGUGAUCUUAGAGGUCCCUCUGAAUAUCUCGCAACAAAAUCUAGUCGAUCUAACCAACAUUGGUUCUCCCGAGAAAUUUCGUCUCGUCGAAUGCGCAGCUCUACUCAGCAACCAAGGCCCCGUCCUCCGGAUCGUACAGUUUGACGACUUCAAAUUUGGCAACCGACCGCCAGCCGCCUACGCGGCAAUCUCGUACAUCUGGCAAGGAAAUCGCACCGAUUCGCUCUCAGGCACAAUUGUUGUCGAGGGCGCGCUUGACGGUGAUCCGAUCAGUAUCAACAUCAUACAACAGGCAUGCAUUGCGUGCAAGCGUCGUCGAUUAGAUUAUAUCUGGCUUGACAGACUUUGUAUAAUGCAAACUGAUAGAAACGACAAGGCAUGGCAGAUCCAGAGGAUGUUCGAUAUUUACAAGACGGGACUCCCGCUGGUUUUGCCCGGUGGCCUCAUGAAGCUGGUGUGUUUGGAUGAAGAGACAGACUGGAUCCUGCGCGCUUGGACGUUGCAAGAGGCGAUUGUCUCCGAAGCCUAUGUGCUUGUUUCGGCAGAGGGCCUUCAUAUUCCUCCCGAGAGACCCUUGGUUGAUUUAAUGGUAUCUGACGACCCUCGACGCUGCAUGUGUCGUGUGGAGUCUGUCGUACCUGAUAUGUCUGCCUUUUGCAGACUCGUGGACCUCCUCCAAGUCAUCCGCCGAGGGUCAGGAAACGCUAUUUGCCAAAUGACCGCCAAUGCAGAACCAACAGUGAUGCAAUUGAGAAUUUUUGGAAACUACCAAACGCGGAAGAGGGAGAUCACUGCCUUUGCAGACGCUACACAAACAAUUUGGAACGGGUCAAAUUGGUCACGCCACUCCCUCUGGCAAUCUUCCUUCUUCAGAACUUCCAAGCGACCGGUUGACAUGGUAUUCAGUAUUAUGGGCCUCUUUGGGGUCUCCCUCAACCCUAAAGAGUUCGCGUCAACGGACCGCAUACGUGCAACUAUAGCUCUUGCACAGGAGUACUUGAAGAGGAGCAACAAAGCUGACUGGUUGAUCGCCGGUUGGAAAGAGCCCCCAGAUAGGCGUCUUUCCUCUUUCCCAGAGCUUCCGGAAACAUCCGUGUCCACGGCUCCACGAUUUUACACAGAAAAGGAUCACAUAUCGAAUAAGCCUGACACGCCUCCCUAUGAUAUCCGGCACCGCUUUAACAGCAGUUGGGUCCCCAGUGGCAGAAUGGACGAUGAGGGCUACUUUUACUUUAAAGCCAAGGCGGUGCGAGUGGCCAGCCACGCCCUGGGAACACGCGAGACAUCUCGAUGCUCGAAUCAGCCUCAAACGACCCCGUCUGGGUUACUUAGGGCACUCGACGGGAGCCUUUGGGAGCCACAAACAGGUGAAGCCCUGCCGGAGCAACGUGGCCCUUGCCACUCCAGCCAAGGCCGAGAACUGUUUGCAGCUGUGGUGGGCCUUGGCUUUGGUCAGGGCUAUACCAGACACGCGAAGGCUGUUCUACUGGAAGAACAUACACCGGGAAGGUUCCAUAGGCUUCCGGUAUUCUUCGAAUUGACACAGGAUACGCUGGAGGAAUGGAGGGAAAUGGAUCUUAAUAUGGGGCCUGUUCGAUAG